AAAAAUUACAUAAUAGUUAAAAUGUUUUUGGCAGCCUAAAUUAAACACCUGUUUGCUUGGUGGUCAGUUUGAGUUUCUAUGAUAGGCAUUGAGUCAUGACUUCAAACUGGAUCCUAUAUUCCGAUUCCUAUCCAUUUCUCUCAUUUCCCCCCCUUUCUUUUGAUUAACAAAAUUGUCUUUUUGUCCUUUCGAUAAACUUUGAACUGUUGAAGAAGCAGACGGGGCGGGGGGGAAACCGCAGAGGCGCUAGUAUUUACGAAAACGAGUGAGUUUUGUCUAAAUAACCGCGAAACUGAAAGUCCCGGUAACUGGCAAAGCUAGUGCGCGUAAGUAGAGCCCGCAUCGCCUGAUCCCACACCCCCACUCCCACAAACUCCAAACACCAAUCACCUUUCUUCUGGGAACGUAAAUUACCAAGCUUUACGCUUCUUACGCGGGAAUCAAUUGUGGGUCUUGUCGUAGAAGACCCAUGGUCUUACUUACCCAAGUUCCCUCCUGCUAACUGCGGCAGUUAGAAACCUGAAAAAAAUUAUGUCCCACUCCCUUCACUCUCUCUCCCCCUAGAGCUUCUCAUUAAACCCGCUCACCUAAUACAUCAAAAUUGAAUCUUUUCAAGAAACAAAUAUUCAGGCAUAAGUUCCCGAAGAAGCAAAAGCCAAAAAGACAGGUUUUUUGUUUUUGGUUUGGGAAGAGAGUGAAAAUGUCAGGGGAUGAUAUAGAGAGCAGGAGAGGAGGGGUGAAGAGAAGCAGCAAUAACAACAAUAAUACCAGCAGCGGUUACGCAUCUUCAUCAACUUACCUGAUAGAGGACACAGAGACGCAAUGGACAUCGUGGUUGGUGCCUAUGUUCGUGGUGGCUAAUAUUGCUGUUUUUAUUGUUGUUAUGUAUGUCAACAAUUGUCCGGAGCACAAGCAUAUGAGGCUUGUAGGCAAGUGUGUGGCGAGGUUUCUUGGACGCUUUUCUUUUGAACCUUUGAGAGAGAAUCCUCUCUUUGGUCCCUCUUCUUCUACAUUGAAGAAGUUGGGAGCUCUUGAGUGGACAAAAGUUGUGCUUAAUCAUCAAGGAUGGAGGCUUAUCACUUGCAUCUGGCUGCAUGCUGGUGUUAUUCAUCUUCUAGCAAACAUGCUGAGCCUGGUCUUCAUUGGUAUACGCCUUGAACAACAGUUCGGGUUUGUGCGGAUUGGAAUUCUUUAUCUCUUGUCAGGAUUUGGUGGAAGUGUGCUUUCGUCUCUAUUUAUCCGAAACAACAUCUCUGUUGGUGCCUCUGGAGCUCUUUUUGGGCUUCUUGGUGCAAUGCUUUCUGAACUUAUUACCAACUGGAGCAUAUACACAAACAAGGCUGCAGCUAUGCUCACUCUUCUGGUCAUCAUUGCCAUUAACCUUGGAAUAGGAAUUUUGCCACAUGUUGAUAAUUUUGCUCAUAUUGGUGGAUUUUUAACUGGGCUUCUCCUUGGCUUUGUUCUGCUACCUCGUCCUCAGUUUGGAUGGUUAGAGCGCCGGAGUCUUCCAGCUGAUACUCGUUUGAAAUCCAAAUACAAGCCUUAUCAAUAUGUCCUGUGGUUGGUUUCCGUCGUGCUGCUGGUUGUAGGAUUCACUGUUGCUUUGGUAAUGCUCUUUCGGGGAGAAAAUGGAAAUGAUCAUUGCCAUUGGUGUCACUACCUAAGCUGUGUCUCCACCUCUAGAUGGGAUUGCAAUGAAAACUAGUAUUGGAUAAGCUUCAUCCUAUUUGGAGAUUUCUAUUUUUACAUGCAAUUUGUAUAGGUUAAUAUGUAAAAUGACUCUUAUACUAUUUAUCUUUUAUAAGUUUGGUACUUAACAAAAAUAAAAUUUUCAUUUUAGUAUUUCAAUUUUCAUUUGUUUAAAUAUUUUAAUACCUUACAAUAUUGUUAAGCUACUGACAUUAUAUGAAUACUU